GCAUUAUCUGAUGCAUGUGAGCAGUGCCAACGCUUCAUAUCGCUAAACUCCAGCUCUAGUAGUGCACAUCUUAGCCAGCAAUUCACUAAACUUAAUGACCUCACGUCUGCAACAUCCACAUGAAAGCCGAAAGCGCGGGACUAGGCAUCUGACUGCAAAAACACUUUUGAUUAAUUCAAAACAAACAAACAAAAACCAUGUCAUCUUUAUAAGCAACAGCGAAUGUAACAGCAUUACUUGUUUUUAAAAAAUCAAGAAAAAUAUAAGGACCCGUUAAAAAAAAAAAAAAAAAAAAAAAAAAAAAAAAAAAAAAAAAAAACAUUUUAUUUGCAUCCACAGUAAUUGGAGAACAAGGCUGUGGGCAAAACAAGCGAGACAGGAAAGAAAAUGCGUGUCUUGGUUUGUGUGAUUGGUUUCAUGGGUCUUUGGAUUACCGGUUUGUGUUUAACUGAUAGUACAACAUCAUCUGAAAAACCAAGCAGCACUGCUGAGAUGACAACUACCAGGAAACAACUAGCCAGUGACCCUAUAACUAGCACUGAAGCAAAGGCUGCAACGACAAUCAGAAGUACACCUAUUGCAAGUCAAUCAAUUUCAACUAAAACAACUACAUCAAUGUUAUCUUCGGAUUCCAGUACAUCAACGGUCAUCACUGACACCACACCUCAACCAGCUUCUACUGCCACUGCUGUGAAUGCCACUACAAGUCCAACUCAUGGAACGUCAAGUGAAGCCCCUAAAGAACAGUCUAGCCUGUCUACUUCAACUAGCCCAUCUGCUUCAACUGGCCCAUCUACUUCAACUAGCCCUACUUCAACUAGCUCAUCUACUUCAACUAGCCCUACUUCAUUUCACAUACCUACUUCAAUUAGCCCAUCUGCUUCAACUAGCCCACCUGCUUCAUCUCACACACAUACUUCAACUAGCCCUACUUCAUCUCCCACACGUACUUCAACUAGCCCUACUUCAUCUCACACACGGACUUCAACUAGCCCAUCUACUUCAACUGGCCCAUCUACUUCAACUAGACCUACUUCAUCUCACAUACCUACUUCAAUUAGCCCAUCUACUUCAACUAGCCCUACUUCAUCUCACAUACCUACUUCAACUAGCCCUACUUCAUCUCACAUGCCUACAUCAACUAGCCCACCUGCUUCAUCUAGCCCACCUGCUUCAUCUAGCCCAUCUACUUCAUCUAGCCCACCUGCUUCAUCUCCCACACGUACUUCAACUAGCCCUACUUCAUCUCGAACACUGACUUUAACUAGCCCAUCUACUUCACCUAGCACAUCUGCUACAGCUAGCCCAUUAAACUUAACAAGUUCAUCAACUCCUGGACUGGCAGAAAAUACAUCAAGAAGCUCUGUCUCAACUGUUACCACCUUUUCAGCAACAUCACUGAGAUCACAGUCCAGAGGUGAAAGCCGCUCUGGUGACUAUUCUACAUUGAUUGCGAGUCUCCUUUCGAGUGGAGUUCUUCUGUGUAUAAUCAUUGGCUUUGUUGUGUAUGCAACAUGUCAAAGAAGAUCCUAUAGGAAGAAACGGCAUCAUCUCACAGAAGAGCUACAGACUGUUGAAAAUGGUUACCAUGACAACCCUACACUGGAGGUCCAGCCCGAGAUGCAGGAGAAGACCAUCCUGAACAGUGGUGAUGGCUAUAUUGUUCCAAUUGACAACCUCACCAAGGAGGAACCAGAAGGGUUAGAGGACACCUACUUAUAAACCAAACGUUUAACAGACUGGACUUUUCCACAUUUUAUUAUGUUACAACAUGGAAUCAAAAUGGAUU